UACAGCUGCAGGGAGGAGCUUUGGGGUUUGGCUCUCGAGGUCUGGUCGCCGUAGCCCAGAGCACGAGGAAUAGUUGUAGGUGGAAUGGAAUAGUUGUUAGAUUUGUUAAAAAGGCAUCGAAAUCAUUGGCUACCUAUCGGAGUGUUCCGAAGUGCAGAACGCGCCCAAUGCCCUUUUCCUCGUGCAUUUUGCUGGGAAACGACACGAGUGGAGUUUCGUGAGUGUGCUCUCGCGGUGCGGUUGCAUUUCUGGGGCUUUUUCAUGCAGCAAGUCUGCCACUUGUGCGACGGGGUUUGGAUGGAAUUGGUAAAAACUGAGGACCAAAUCGCUCGCUUUAGUGCGUCGUUUCAGGCCUGAGAAGCGCAAAUUUUGAGGAGAAAGAGGCAGGCCAGCUGUCAGUUUGACAGACCAUUCCUGCACAUACAGCCCAGAAGCGGCCGAUACUCACACAUGAUUUGCCAGAUCCGAGAACACACGCACACGCAUACGGACGGAAGGCAGCAGGCCACGGCAGGGUUAUCUGCUCGGCAGGUCCAAUCGCAAUUUAUGGACAAUUUUUUCGCGUUUUCACACCGCUCAAAGUAGUCAGCGGUGCUGGGAGUUCGAUUGCGAUUUCACUAACUAUUGCAGUCUGUGCUGUGCUACGUUCUUCGCCUUUUCGUAGGAUCUCCCUAGUUAAGCAAACUACAAUCGAGUUCCGCCAGCAGUGCGUUGUUGGUCGGGAGUUGGCCGCAGGAGCUCCUUCUUAAAGUUCGCUGGUACAGACGGCCAUUCAGACUACACGGUCGCACGCGGUACGGAGAAGAUGGCCAACAGUGACGAUCAGUGGCUGAAGGAGGAUGGAUACCUAAACGUGGACACAGAAUCGAGCUCCAUCGUGUACCACCCGUUCCUGAACGUAAUACUUGUGAUCGCGAGAAGCGGUGAGGUGAAACUGCUGGAUGCCAACUCUGGUGUCAUACUACAAUCCUACCGGAUAUCAGAUACGAACACCGUACGCUGCCGUUACCUGCCGAUACAAGAUAAGAUACUGAUCUGGAAUGGUCGCAACAUUUCGAUGCGAGGCGACUACAAUGGAGUGCUGCUGCUCGAUACUAUACUGCAGGCACCGAUCACGCAGACGGAUGAUCGAGUGCGGCUUGAGCUGCUCCUAUCCGAGGCUGCUCUGUUCCUGCAGUGCCUGCAAAAUCUCGAACAGCACGGCCUGGAGAACAUGAGCGACGUGACGAACGAGCUAACACAGAAGAUCUGCGAAGCGCAGGCUCAUUCCAAGCGUGGCAUUAAGGCGCAAAAGUGGGAAACGGUGUGCUUGGAGCUGCCCCACUCUUCUCUGCGCAUGGUGGCCAGUGGCGUUGUGAUGCAGCUGAAGCGGCUCGACCGCCACAUCCCGGCCAUGGCUAUCGCGUCGGCGAUCAACGAGCGAUUGACGGAUUUGUUGGCAGGUGCCCGGUACGCCGAAUCGGCCAAGGGUGGCGUACAGCGUUUCCAGAUGUACUCGGAAGCUGCCCGGCGUCAAACGUUUGAAGCCUGGCCGCACAUGGACUACAAGUGGGUGCUGCCGGAUCAGAUGGCGCAGGCCGGCUUCUACCAUCAGCCGGGCGAAAACGGAAACAAGGAUCGGGCGAUGUGCUUCACCUGUACCGUGUGUCUCGUGUGCUGGGAGAAAACGGAUGAACCUUGGAGCGAGCACGAGCGUCACUCGCCCGAUUGUCCGUUCGUGAAGGGUGAGUUCACGCAAAACGUACCGCUUGCCGUUACCUACGCCACUAGUCCGGCCGUCGCCACGAGCGGUUUCACGAUCGUAUCAGCCGGUGAUCGAGGAAUGGUGUUUUGUACCGGUAACCCUGCGGGCGACAUUACGCUAUGGAACAUUGAGCGGCUGCUGUUGAAAGUACACGAACUGCACGUGCGAUUGCAUCCGGACAUUCUGACCACGACCACGAUCAGUCCGCGUGCGACGAUCAACGCACUAGAACUGACGGCGCUUGCCAGUUACUUUGUCCGAUCACCACCUGGCGCGGCCGUUCCGAGGCGGGCUUCCCUGUCACUGAAGCCCAAAAUGCUCGGUACCAAGAUUGUGGCUGCGGUGCGCGUGAACAGCACCGAACCAUCUUUCGAGGAGGACGAGGACGAUCUCGACGCGGGGCGUCUGCAGGCCGCCGAUGGGGAGCUACACGAGCCGGAAACCACGUUACUGCUGAUUGUGUACAAUAUCGAAGAUCCGGUCGACGGAUCAUCAUCUCCGGGUUCGCCUUCUGUUGCAACGAAAGCGAUGCUGCACGGUAGCGGACCUCCGGGAAAUGGUAGCAAUGGGAAGAAAUCUAACCUGGCCACGAUUCUGGAUAGCGUCGAGGACGAACGGAUGAAACAGCUGACUGAACGGACAACGAUGUUACUGGAGGAAAUCAAAAAGGUCGAGCAGCACAUGCUAACCAGCAAGAAGAAAAUACAUGCACUAGCGGAGAACGAUAGCGAAUGUGACAGCCUUAUCAUGACAGUGCCAUCCGGCGGCGCGUUGGCCAGCCUUGGAACGGAGACGAAACCGGUGGCCAACGUUGGCAGUAGUGAACCUGCUACUGAUGGCGAUGGAGAAGGAGGGGGAAGUGGUGGUGACGAUGGUGGCGGCGGCGGUGGUGGCAGCGUACUGGUCAAUAACAGCAAUUCGGCAGUACCAGUGACUGAUGUAGAGGACACUGCGGAGGAAGAAGGCAGAGAAGGAGGAAAUUCAGGCGAAACUACCACCGUCAUGCCCGACAUUUGCUGUGUCCCGUUGCAGUACAUUGAGCUACCACCAGCCUUUGUCGAUUCACACGAUCAAUACUACAUCUCCGAUACUGUUCCAUCGAGCGAAAAUCGGUAUUUAUUGGUGGUACUCAAGCUCAACACAGAGGAUAGAGAAUCAUCCAGCGCUACAGCUACCAUCGGCAUCGGCACAGAAGAGGAAACGUCUCUUGAGCAGGAGGAACAGAACGUACCGGAACGAGGAGGAACGGAUACAGGUUCGCGCUGGCACGCGAUCCUGUACUUGUACUUCUUGAACGAGGACGGGCUGGUCCGGAGCGACGAUCCACUUGUCAAGUGCUUGGACCGGGACCAAUGUCCCACGGAGAUCACUAUGCUGCCGAAAUGUGAUGGUACUGGGCGCCAUUUCGGUGGUCCCGAUACCGAGCAGGGUAUCUUCGUGAUGACGUGUGCCGAUGGGAAGUUACGGAUAGUGUCACUGAAAACAUUGUCUAUUUUGUCGGAGGCCUCCGUUAAGGAUGAUCGGUUCGUGUCCGCCACGUAUUGCAAAAGUCUGGAGCGGUUGUGCGGUUGUACCUCAAGGGGAUGUCUGCAUUUUUACUCAUUCUACGAUCUCGAUGCCGAUUCGAGCGAUGAGCGUGAUGAGGACAUGAUUACUCCGAUGACAAUAGGAGAUAGUGAAGGUCGCAGGGAAGCAUUGCACACCGCCAAUCCGUCGGUGAUGGAUGAAUCGACGACCGAUACACUGUAUGGCGCUGGCAUAACGACCGUCGAUGGAAGUGGAGAUGGGACCUUGCUGGACUAUGGCAAGGGUAACACUCGUUCGUCUGUUGAUGGACUAUCCCCCGCUGCAGCGAAGCUAUCAGGAGCAACGGCGGGUGGAAUUGGUGGUCAGCCACAAGCAGGGCCGCAACCAGCACACCCUGGUACGGACGCUCCUGAGUACGAACGAUUGCUGGCUUUCCGCAACAAUGUGAGCGAUGUUGCGACCUUGAGAGUGCUACAUUCACUAACGCUGUUCAGCGACAUGCUCACUCCGUAUUCGGCCGAAAUGCCAGCCUGUUGGAGCGAGCUGGAACAGGCCCAGAAGCAGCGUCGCCAUCCGCAGCACCUACGCCCAGGUGAUGAUACUCAUUUGACGAAAACUUGGCGGCUGCAUAACGAUGCUGCAACCUGGGAUGAACAUCUUAUCGAGCUUAAUCUACCCAAGUGUACUCCACUGGGGCAUAUUGAUUUCAAGUUCAAGCUCUACCAACCGUGUGCCAACUCACCCGCCAUACAGGUUACGCUGCUAAAGCAGAAGUCGAUGGGACUGUGCACCCGGCGCAAAACACAAUCGAUCAACCGGGUCGAUGAGUCGAUCAACUUCAAUAUCGGUGCCGAGUUUGUCGAAAAUCCGGUACUCAGCGAGGAAUAUCUGCAGGCACGCAAUGCCGAGAUUGUGGUCGGCCCCAUCGAACUAGCAGCGUGCAUGGAUCUUAGCGAACAGGGUGGCUGCGUUACACUCACCAGUCCGAAGUUGCUGAAAUCAAAAGGACGCAACUAUCUACUGCACAUCAAAACGAUGACCGAUCUGUCGAAGGAUGGGCAAAACAAAACCAGAGUCCCGGUGCGUAAGAAAGGCAUCACGAGCAUACUGCUAACGUCGUUCGCGAACAUCUCCGCCCAGCACAAUGGUCCGGUGCCGCCAACCGCUACGAUUGCUAGUGGUAUGAUGACCAAGGACGGCGGAAGUAUUUCCUUCUUCCCCGACAGCGUCGGCGGCGGUGGAGGCCCAUCCGCUAGUGGCAAAACGCGUAAAAAUGAUUUCUAUAUAGGAUGCGAUUGGCUGAAUGAAAUAUCCAUCACCGUACGAGCAACGCGUCAGGUACCCGGUCUCGAUAGCGAACGCUUCCAACGGCUAGCGAUGCUCGAAUCGAACCUCUUACUGGAUAAUCUGCUCAAGCUGCUAUAUCAGCAACACGAAACGGAUUCAACGCCAUCGGCAUCAUCUGCCGGUACUGAUACAGCUGUAGACCGUGAGAGCGCGACACCGGCCACGAAAGGUCAUGUCGUCAUAGGCGAAAAUCUUACAAUGAUGCGGCAACAUCUGGCACUGGACAUUUUGAUAUGGAUCGCUACGAUUCGUCUGAUGCGGUACCGCUAUCCUAAGAACCCGUUCGCAAAGCGAGCCAGUCCGGGUGCGAAUCGCGACGCCACGUCACCGGAUCUGAACGUUCAGCAGACUGAGUGUGUGCAGAUCAUCGAGAAGCAUCUUGAGUCCGUUAUCCGGCAUUGUAUCGUACUGGCGAAUCGCAGCGUCGCUCACAAAUGCGUAAAACUGUUGUCACUGGUGUUAGAGGGUGCUCAAAGUAUGGUGGAUAAGAAUGCAUGCAGCUCGUUCGAACAGACACUGCAUCAAGCGAUCGUAGCGUGCUUACCGGAUACCGUUAACUCGACUCAUGCCGGUGCCUUGCGGUGGUUUAUGCUGCUUAUCUCUGGUACCACCAUGCCCGAACAUCACCUGGCAGUGACGAAUAGCUGUCUCGGACUGCUGCAGACGGUUGCGGAUGAGCUACGCAAACGCAACAAUCCGUUCACUGCGCUGUUGAGAACACGCUUCGGGCUACAUGGUGCACCAUUCGAGUCCGAAUUGUUCGACGUGCAUCCCAUGGACGCUCGCUUCGGUGCUAGUGGUGCUGUCGGUGGUGGUGGUGCGGCUGGGGUUAUUCCCGGUUUGACAUGUGGUAGUGGGGCCGGUAUUAGCCAGUGUACGGUUGGUGGAUGUGCCGCCAUGAAGGGAAGCACGAUCGGUGGCAAUGGAUUAUUAGGUGUGGGUGGGAUGGGCGGUGGUCAAUCAUCGAUCGAUCUGCGCUUGAUGUGCUUUGCCGAUGGUGCAGAACUUAAGUGUUUGCCAGAUCAGCUACGUAAUCGGGGCAUCGGAACUUACUUCAUGGGGUUGCUUGAGGUACAGCCCUUGCAUUUUGCCUGCAGCAGUACAUCAGAUGCCACGCGGGUUGAGAAUAUCGAUGCCAACGGACACACUAUUACUACUAGCACUGCAACGACUACUGGUACUGGCACUAUGAAUGGUUUCGGCAGUGCAGGUGGCGGUGGUGGAAAUUCUACCAAUACCGGUGGUGGUGGUGGAAGCAGUGGUACUUACAUUAGCCAAAAUAUUACCGGGGCAUCCGGUGGUAUUGAUGGUCUCACGUUCGGAACGACGGACGGAGAUGUAAUGAUUCCGGUACCCUGUACAAACGGUAGCAUGUACGUGCUCAAAUCGUCAUCGCUUGUUACGGAUACAUCCAGCGGUGGCACCUGGGUGGCUCCUGUUACCUACGCACUGACAUCCAGCGGUGGGGGAAGCGGCGGAAGUGGAGGCGGUAGUGGUGUCACUACUGAUGGUAAUGGAAACACCGCAAUCACCAUCAACAAUGCCGUGCCAAAAGCGUACAAGAUAUGCUUCGCGGAUGACGAGAAGGAAAACAUCGACGAUGAUAUGAUGAACAACAUGAAGAACGUGGUCGUGGACAAAAUUUUCUACUCGGCGCUCAAUAAGCACAAAAUGAAGUCAGCUGCCGUAUCCGGUGGGGUGACCGCAGGAGCAGGCGCUGGUGCAGGUAUUGCCAUGUCGUCAUCACCGUCAUCCUCGUCGUCAUCGUCGGUGGUGGUGAACAAUAGCACGGCACCUCCAUCAGCAGUCACGACGGCUACUACCGUGCUUCCAGAUGAUAAUGUUGCCCAACUACACUACAUAACUACCAUCGACACCAGUACUCCGGCCAACGAUGUUUUCGAUGCAAUUUCGGAUGUGAUCCUGCAGGAAGAAGUAAAAAACAGUUCCACUACCGGAAAAGAACAGUUGGCUUCAGCUGGUGAUGGUAGUGAGAGUCCGCCGGUUAUCGUACCAACGCCUUCUGGCACUGGUAUGAAUGCGCCGGAUGACACUAGCACGGCAGCGGGUAUAACAUCUCAACAGUCCUCCGACACCAUUGGUAGUGACUCUUGUGCUGCUGGUGCGACCUCGGGCUCGAUGGCUACCGGUUUACCGUGGCACAAAUUGUUAAGCAGUCCACCAAAACAGAUGAUUGUCGUCGAUCGCAUGCACUCGGGGGCGAUCCGGUACGUGACACUCGAUUUCGGUGCCCCUAUCAUGCUGACAGAUGUGAUUAUACCGGCUUGUUCGGAUCUCGCUUCGCUCUCCCUCGAUAUCUGGUGUUUCGAUGAGGAGGCGGACAGUGUGCGACUCGCCGUUUCACAGGAUAUCUACAUGCGGACGUUGGUGUUGAGUGACUUGCAGCCUCCACCGAUUUGUCGGUAUCUGAAGAUCACCAUUACUGGGCGCUACGGUAUGUCUGCGACCCGUUGCCGCAUACCGAUGGGUUCGUUCUUUGGUCACAUCGUGAUCAUGGAGCGUGAAGCGUACGCUGAUCCAGUGAUGAACUAUCUUGGUGACCGAAAACCCAAUCUUGCCGUGCAGAUACAGAUAUUGAAGGCCUUGUACGAGGACGUGCAUUGUCGCUAUUGCUUGGCUAGCAGCAAACUGAUGGAUCUAUUGGUACCGUACAUCAAUAGCAACGCCUCCAACAUUGCACACAUGCAAGCAUUUUUGAACCGGGUGCGUGAUGGCGGCAGUGCUUCUUGUGGCCACACCAGCAGUGACGGCUACGGCUGGAAUGGGCUGUAUGGGUGUAGCUACGCAGGCGCUAACUUUCACGAGUACGCCAAGGUAAUGGUGGCCUAUGAAGAGUGUAUCGGAUUCCAGCAUCAACUGAACGUGAUUCGGCGCGUGAUUGAUCGUAUUCGGCCGUCCCUUGGGUCAGACCACGAGGCACUACUAGCCCAACUGUCACUGCCUAACCCGGCCGCACCGCUUCAACCGAUCGUGGACGAUUUGAGCUCGCUGUACACCGAUAAACUGCGCAUCAUGAGUGAAUGCUUGGUUGAAGUGGUACUACAGCUUAUCACUACGUACGGUACGCUGCCGCUGACCUUACCGCUUGGUGCCAGCAUACAGCAGCCGAACCAGCUAAGGCAGAUUGAUCAGAACAUGUGCAACUUACUGUUCGAUACGUUGGUAAUCGCAGGAGAAGCGCCGCUUCAGCUUGCCACCUGCUCGAUGCUAGUCCGUAUGUGCUGCUUCGAGGCGUGGUGGGGUGACUUCCUUGCGGAUAAGUUCCUGACAUUGUAUUCCUCCCAGAACGAUCGCAUCUUCCCGCAGGAUCGCGUGUUCCUGCUGCUCACGUAUCUAGGUCGGCGCAGUAUUGCACUAGGACGAUGCCGGACGACAGUUAUCGAUGCGAUUCUAAGAUCACUUGCAACGCUUCUGGCGCCUCUCGCUGCGAAUAGCACGACGACAACCGGAAUCAGCCUAUGGUGUAAUACGGAUUUGAACCUACUCGGCUGGAUACUGCUGUUUCUCUCCGUGUGCCUGGACGAUGGUACGGAUGGACGCAAGGAUCAGAGCAAUCUCCGGUGGGAUUUUAUGUCCGGCGAAACGGAUAUGGUGAAGGCGCGUAUGAACAUCAACAACACGGGCUUGCGGACACUGACGCGCUCGUUCAAGAAGCGUUUGCUACAGACCAACAAGCAGUACAGUGCCCUCUCUGUGAACACUGCAUCGAAAUUAGAAAUGGCACUGAAACAGCAGGAGAACCAGCUGAAGAAACUAACCGUCAGCAUGAAGCAGAGCUUUGGCGAUUAUAUCAACGAAAUUGCGAAGAUGAAGGUGAUUGAUGAGAAACCCGCUGUUCCGCCACCACCCAGUAGUUAUGCUGGCGAUCCUGUGGCGACGACAACUACGGCAACAACAACAACACUUGAUGGCGGAACAGGUACGACGCCUGCAACGAGCACCACGAAUCAAGUGAUUCUCACACCAAACAACGCACUGCCCCCGACAGCAACCUCAACGGCAGCUUCAACCAAUAGCAACAACGCAGGCGUAGUAUUUGGUGAAUUCUGCAAAAAGACGUUCAAGUACAUCACCUAUACGGCAGAGCGAUUGCCAAAGGAGCCACUUAACGAUGGUAUUGGGCCAAAUGAUGGCAUCGGGGGAACAGACGGCGGCAAUGGCGAUAGUGAUACCCCGUUUGAUAAGGGCUUGAAAGCCAUGAAGAUUGGAAACAUCAUUGUUGUGAUACGAGGCCUAAUCGGGCUGCUGCUUAGCAUGGAUUUCACGUGCAAUAUGGACCUGUUUUUAAUCACUUGUAAAAUCAUUGCACGGCUCGUACUGGCAUGCCGGCCAGCGAUGCAGCUGUCUAAGAUCAUUACCACUGAUCAGUUGCUUCAGCUCGUUCGGAUAGCCGUAUGGGAGAACCCGCAUCAACCGUGGGCAGUCCAUGCGAUUACCUGUUUGCUGCAGGAUGUGUUGGAGGCGGACAAGAGCUUUAAGGAUGAGGAUAACGAUUCUUCCGAUUCGUCUAGUGAUGAGGGAGGCGGUGGAGGUAUGAACAGAUCAAACGCCUCCGGAUCGGAUGGUGCUUUGGGUUCGUCGGUAGGCGGGUCGUCCUUACCAUCUAUGCGUCCGCCAGUGGAAGUUCCGUACAAGCAGCAACAGCAGCCAAUGCAUCCCCUACAGAAUGCUCAUCACGUUACUGUCGAUAUGAGUUAUGCUGAUGUGCUUAAAAGCCAGCUACCCUCGGUCGUGGAGUGCGACGAUCAGGAAAUGGAGGAGAUCAUGAUCAUCGACGAUGUGAUAACCACGCGCGAAAAGCGAUUCCUUAAGCGAGAUAGCAGUGCAUUCUCUUCGUCGGCCGGUGGUAAACUCAUUUUCUCCAACAAGAUCAUAUCUGCGGCCAUGGACGCUCGGCUAGACAUGGGGCUAGAUACAAACGUGGAAAUUGUGCUCCGUCGGCUGACGACGCGGUCGGCCUUCAACCUAAUCACGAGCCUACCGCACGUUGCAACAAUGCAUGCAGCUGCGGUUGAUGCAGCUAGUGAUGGGAAUGCUAGCAAUCAAACGCAAUCUUGCCCACCUUCCUCGGAAACGUUGCCCCCGUGGCCCGAUUCCAUCGUCGAUGCCUGGUCCGGUCCGGAGUAUUUGCAGGGCCUGGAAACGAACGUUAUGCUGACCGAGGUGUUCGAUAACAUACUGACGGAUCUACCACAGAUCGAUUCGUGGCUCAAUCUAGAGAAGGUGUUGCAGUUGUGGCUGACGUUGAAUGGUGAAACGUUAGAGCAAAUGCCCGGUAGCAGCUCUACCGGUUUGAAUCCUUAUUCCUUCCCUAAGAUCCCCUUCGGCGAUCGAGCCGUCCGUGGAUUGAUACGGGCACUGGCCACCCACCCGAACGUAAAGUUACGCGCCUGGUGUCUGGGUUUCCAGUGCUUGAUUCUGGCCUGUAAGCCCCACUUCGAAGCAGACUGCCUCGAGACAAACUCAAUCAGUAGCGACAAUCAUUUCCGGCGGAUGGGCAAUCUGAUCGUGCGGGACGAACUGUUCGAUGCGAUGCUACUGCGGUUUCUCAGUGGUGAGGAUGUGCCACUAGGAACCAUGGAUACGGCAAGCACCAGUCGUUACGCUGGACCGACCGUUUGUAAAUUGCUUGUAGAGUUGUUUAUUUGGUUGGAGAUGCGCUGUCACGUGAAGGACCUGUUGAAGCUGUCGUUGAUGAAGGUCACGCUACGGUUGGUACAGUGCAAUGGGGCCAUAUCGAAGCAGAAGGGUCCGAUUGAUGCACAAAGCCAGCUGAUCAAAGAACUGCUUAAUUUCUCGUACGACAAAGAAGAUCACGGCAUGGCUGUGAGCUUCAUCGAAUGUGUCUCACACUUGGUGUACGAUAGUAUUGUCAAUGUGGAGAAGCUGUACUGCCAGAAAACAGUGGAAGUGAACAACUCAAGUAACAGCAGUAUGUACGGUGGAGGCGGUAUGCGCUUCGGUAGUUUGUUUGCUUCGGUGCUGGGCGAGAACGGUCGUUCAGGAAAGACAGUUACGGACGGCACACUAUUGGUUGAUAUGCUGAAGCUUUCGUCGGUGUUGGUUAGCGUAAAGAAUCAGCGCAACAGCAGUCCCACUAGCUCGGAACAACCACCGUCAGUGCCAGCAUCAGCUCCAUCGGGUAGUGGCAGUACUGAUAGCACCGGUGCUGCCGGUGCUUUGCCUCCUUAUCACGAUCUGUACCUACACAGUGGCGCUGGAAGUGUUUCGGGCAUUGGAUCAUCGCACCCGGAUGGCAGUGGUGUUGCUGGCAGUACCGCUGGUAUCUGUGGUGGGGCGAAUGACAAUUUGAAUACCUCAAGCGAGAGCCAAACGGAUGAAAUCAAAGCAGAACAGCAGAACAGCACCGGUGGUCCAGUUCCGAUUCAACCGCGAGUACGAUGCUUUGCUGACACAGUACUCCAGCAUCGACCAACAAUGACGCGCUUGCUGACGGCGCUCUCGCACUGUACGCACACCUCGAUUACCGUACAGCUAAACUCCUCUUCAGCCUUUUAUGGUGAUGGUGGUGGCAGCGGAGGUCUAGCUGGUGGUGCUGCAACCUCGAAAGGGGGUCGAAACACUCUUCCUGAAGUGUACAGCGUCGCCGAUGCGUUGCUACAGCUGUUGCUCUACCUCAAAAGGAUGGCGUCGCAGGAUGAGCUGGUGGUGAAGCCGCUGUUCGAGUACCUGAGCGAAACGCUGAGUGCGGUACGACACGCGAUGCCCAAGUUGCAUCUGUAUGAACCAUUCCUCUGGUACAUCCGGAAGGUGCUCGAAAGCUCCGCGGCCCUCUCGGUGUUUACCGAGCUCGGCGGUAUCCAGGUGUUGUGCGAGAGCCUAGUGUGGAGCAAUCGGGCUCUCAUCAACACUCAGCCCAGCCUUGUGUCCAUGAUCAUGCAGCGGCUGUCCAAGUCAUCGGUCGGCUUUCACGGUUCAGUAUAUGGUUCCGGUGCGACCGGUAGCGCUGGCACAGGAGUGAGUAGUAGCGCCAGUGGGGGUGGCGGAGGUGGUGCUGGCGCAGGUAGCAGCUCGUCCAAGAAAAGCACACCGAUUAUUCCGACGGCUCGCAACGAAGAAGGGCUGAUCAAUUUUGCACCUUACUGUACAAUCACGACCGACAGCCAGACGGCGCACGCACCGGAUGUACUAAUCCAGACACCGAUCGCAUCCCAUCGGCGGGCCCGGAAUCCGGCCUGGAGCUAUCUGUUUUAUCCGAAUGAGCCGCAUGUGGAUCUCAUCAUCACACUGCCGACGGCCGUCCUGCUUAAGGAGGUACAGCUACAACCGCACUUGUCCACUCUGGCUUCCUGCCCGUCGGCAGUGGCGAUUGAAAUCACACGUGACAGCAUCGUUGGACCAAUUCCGAUAACACAGCCCAUCUCGACGGUGGGCAUGACCUGCAUACGGUUGCGCUUCGCGCAGCCGGAAAUUGCAACCAGCGUCAUUGUGCGCUUAUACCGACCGCGGGACGCGAUGAACAUUGGGCUGACGCAGAUUUCCAUUCUUGGCACAACCACCUUCGGUGAACUUCCACCGUUCGGUGGUGGUCCCGCUGGAUUAGGCGGUAGUGGCAGUGGUAUGGUUCCUUCGCUGUACCUGGAUUAUGGUUCGCUGGGCGUGUCUGGUGGUCUGAAGCCAUCGAAUGAUAUGUUUGGUAUCAGCAGUACCCGAGUGCCGCUGACCGGUGGUUACGAUGGCUACUACGCCUGCGGAGGGGCUGGCGUCGAUGAACGAGGGAUUGCUGCAGGUGGACCUUCCCGGGCCAGUCUCGGUUGGCUGCGGGUGCUCACACGAUGCUUCAAUGUGACCAUCUACUACGGCGACCAGCAGUUAGCGAAUCGCGUGAUUCAGGCAGCCAGUGAAGUGAGCGGAUUCAUGGAGGCUUGUUGUGCACUGCUCAACAUUGCGCCCAACAGUCCAAACGAUACGCUGCAGAACUUGGAAACGGUACUGCUGAAGCUAGGUCUCCAUAGCCGGGAGUUCGGUUUGCAGCUGAUCAGCAAUCUGCUGCGGCAGAGUAUUCCCCAGACGUUUCAGUUGUGCAACGAUUCCAUCUCUGAUCUGCUAUACCAGCUAUGCACGAUACCGAACGAGUACACGAGUGAUCGACUGGAGGCAAUGCUCGAUUGGAUUCGUACGCUCUACGAUCGCUACCGGCAGAACGAUGCCGUGUAUCGACGGUUGGCCCUGCACGCCACCAAUCCAUAUAGUGGCUUUAUCCGCUGCCUAGCCGCCAUCCUGUGGCAGGUGUAUGCCACCGAACUGAUCCCAAAUUUGAGCGAGAUGAUCUCUCGCGAUCUGUUCACGGUAUUGUUCAAUUGGGCACGUGAUCUCGAUUAUGAUGGACCACUGAAGCGAGCGAUCGAUGCGCUCCUCUGCUCGGUAUGCUGUAUUAGGCCGGAGUUCUUUACGAUGCUGCUUCGUCGCUUGGGUGUGCUGGUACCGAAUCUGUCCACCGAUCUGACGGCCUCCAUCUCAGAUGAUCGAAAAGAUUGCGAGCGGCGGCGUACCGAUGACAGUAAGCAGGAAGAAUCGGACACCAGCGAAUGGUACAGUCAUCUGGUGAUCGAGGACAUUGAGCGACUGGAGCUGUCCCGCAGCCAGCUGUCGACUAUUGCGAUGUCAUGUCAAUCACCGUUAGCCAUCCAACAGUUAAUCGAUUCCGGCUUGCCGAAGCUGCUGAUUGCCGUCAUUCUGGAGUUUUGUCGAAGGGCCAGCGAGAGUGUGCAGAACCGUCAUCGAUUGGGACGCACGUCUAGUCAGGCGCAGACUUCUCAACAAUCUUCAUCGGACGCUUGUCUAACCGAUGCGGACAAAUGGGGAGGCAGUAGUGGUGGCAGUGUUGGUGGGGAUUCAGCAUCAUCGUCACCACCUUCCCAUCCUAUGGUGAACAUCCAGAAGGUGACGGAUGUGUUGACGUUCUUCACGGCUAUCUGCUCCGAGGGGCAUAUGCGCGAUUGGUUAGGCAGCUACGAGGGUGCGCGGUUCUGGGAGCCGCUUCUACUGCUGCUGUGCAACAAUCAAAUGGCCAAUGUUAACCGCGCUAUAACGACCCAGGCCUGUCUCGAGCUGGAAGAGUGCUUCAUCAAGUUCCUGUCCCGCGUCACCACCUGCCAUCCGGCCAAUCAGGAAGUGUUCACUGUUAGCCUCAUUUCGGUGAUCCGAAAAUCGUCAGAUACUCAGCAUUGUAUGGCAGGUUGUUCGGCGUCGGCCAUUGAAGGCGAUCAUCGGAACGGGUUGCUGGGUAGAACUACUAGUAAUUGCAUCUCUGGCUUUACGCGCCGUUUACUGCUGCAGAUAUUGCUCGAGAGCGAAAAAAUAACGGUAGCUGUUCGAAGCGAUCUUCCGCUGCAGCAGACAGCGCAUGGCAAGGAUUUCGGUGGUCUUGCCGGUGGUGGUGGUGGCGAGAGCCUCUACAAUGCCAUUGGCAGCCAUCCAUCAAAGCGACCGAAUGCGCACCUGAUGCUGUUCCAGCUUAGCACGAGCGCUAAAUGUCAGGACAUUCUUGAGCACUGUGCUGAUGCAGUCUUUCAGCCAAUACUAUCAUCAUCAGUGAAUGAUUUUGGUCGAGCAACGGCGACGUCGGUAGUACCACCAGGAGGAGCAUCAACCGAUGGCGCCGGUGGAUCAUCGAGUGCGGGAGGUGGAGGGGCUGGUACAGGUUCGACACUCUCAUCGUCGGAUCAAGCACGAACGCAUCUUUGGGAUCUCGGAGUAGGCUUGGAGUAUCUCAGUGUAGCGGCUGGUGUAACGGCGAAGGAUAAGCGAUUGAAGGAGGCCAAGAAUCAAGCAACCACCAUGCGGCGUAAGGAUCUUCUGCCGCCGGUCUAUAAAAUGAAGCUGGAUGAUUCGAAACAAUCCGUCCAGGAUGGAAUGUAUCUCACGCAUACCUCGGUGCCGGAAGUGAUCAUCACGAGUGAUACCACCAUCGCUCAAUUGCUGAGCUUGUUGAAGUCUGCUGGAAUACCGCUCUCAACUCCGUGCAUCAAUUUGAAUCUAAUUGAUGCCAAAAACAAGGCUCCUCCUUACAGCAAUGAUUCCAGUGGAGUUGGCGGUGGGGAUUCGGGAUCUUGCUCGUCUACCGGUGCCACAACCAACACCAUUAUGCGUGCCACUGAGUUUCUACCACAGCCAUCACCUUUGCAGAUCUUCUCUAGCCGUGGCGGUCUUUCGCUGCUGGCCCACCACCUGCCGACAGUCUAUCCGGAGAUGCCGAAAAGCGGUCUGCAUUACGUGGAUAAAGAUCGAUGCCCCGUGGCUCCGGGUGGUGGUGCGAUAGGUAGCGAGUGGGUGAAGCUCGAGCAGAUGGACGAGAUCUACGAGGAUCUCGAUGAUAUCACGGCAGAGGCCACACCGAAGGUACAGUGCAUCUCGGCCAUUCCGCAGCACUCGUUGGCAGCGUUUGCCUUGUUCCUGAAGCUACCUGCUUACUCGGAUGUGCUGUUGACGGAUCCGGUACGGGCCCAGUGUUUGUUACGGUUGAUCCUCGGUGUGACUGGCGAUGGUGAGGGCAAUGAAAUAUACAGUCUUUCGUUGUCCACCACCUUGCCAACGUUACCGUUCGAGGUGUUCCGCCAGCUACUCGAUAGCUCGCCACUGACUACGGAUGAUGGGGUGUUACUGCGCCGCAUGGUCAUUGAAGUGGGAGCGAUUCAUCUUGUGCUCAACUGCCUCAGUGUGUUCACUCAUCACAACAGUUCGGGGGCAGGAAGGCUAGGUGGAGGCAGAAGCCCACCCGGAGAUAGCCCUGUGGCAGGUGCUGCGUAUUCGGGUGGUGGAGGUACCACUUCCAGUGGCGUUGACAAAUCCGCUGGAGGCAGCGAUGAACAGGUUAACGCUGAAGACAAGGGGCACAUGUAUUGGGCUAAGGGUACCGGUUUCGGUACGGGAUCGACACAACAAUCCUGGAACGUGGAGCAAGCAUUGCUACGGCAGAAAAGCGAAGAAGAACAUGUUACUGUGUUGUUGCAGGUGCUGUCGAGCUACAUCAAUCCUGGCGAUAAGUAUCCUGCCAGCUUGGGUAACGAUGAACAGCUCAACUAUCGCGAUUGCAGCGAAUCGUUGCCCGAGCUGCCACCGAUCUUCUUGGAUCUGCUGCAGCAAAGCUGCCUUAUUCCCGCCCUUAGUUACUACCUACGAAAUGAUUCCGUGCUUGACAUAACACGCCAUAUUCCACUUUACCGAGCCGUUUUGCAGUUACUUCGGGCGGUUUCGCUGUCCACUCAGCUUGCCACGCUGCUUGUGAAUAAAGGUGGAUCAUCGGAGGGUAAAAUAUCUAUCGCCGGACUGUUGUCCAGUAUGAAGGCUUGCGUGGAUACGUAUGCUAGUCGGUUGAAAGUGAACAAAAAGUCGAACUUAAAGGGACAAACACAGAAGAUUGUCGUCAGCCUGGACGAUGGCGAUGAUGAGGGCCUAGCGCUACUGAUACCGGACAUACAGGAGACAUCGUUGCUCGUACAGAACGCAACUAACUGCGAUGCGGUGGUUGGCACGACGGAAGAGGAAGAAACACUGACCAUUGCGCGCCCUCUUACCAAAUCGGUUGAAGAGAAGUACAUGGAAAUUAUGAAAGCACUUCAGUUCGACACAUACGAAAUGAUAGCCGAAUCGGAGAACGGGUAUCGCUUUACCAUAUCGCAUCAUUUUGAAACGAACGUACGGAUGGCCGGUGAUCGUGGGCACCCUGGGCGCGUGAAACGCUUGGCACAGGAAACGGUAACUCUCUCGACCAGCCUACCACUCUCGUACAGCAGCUCUGUGUUUGUACGCUGUGAUACCGAUCGAUUGGACAUCAUGAAGGUACUGAUUACUGGGCCCGCCGAAACGCCGUAUGCGAACGGGUGCUUCGAGUUCGACGUCUACUUCCCACCGGACUAUCCCAACUCACCGAUGAUGAUCAACCUGGAAACUACGGGCCGGAACACGGUACGCUUCAACCCGAACCUGUACAACGAUGGCAAGGUUUGCCUGUCGGUAUUAAAUACGUGGCACGGUCGGCCCGAAGAAAAGUGGAACGCACAUACGUCCAGCUUUCUGCAGGUGCUGGUAUCGAUCCAGAGUCUCAUUCUUGUUCCCGAGCCGUACUUCAACGAACCGGGCUUUGAGCGCAGCCGUGGUACACCGACUGGAACGCACAGCAGUCGCGAGUACAACAGUAAUAUCUAUCAGGCGUGCGUGCGUUAUGCGAUGCUGGAACAGUUGCGCCAUCCGUGUCCGUGCUUCCGCGAUGUCAUACACGCACACUUUUGGCUGAAGCGUAACGAAAUCUGUGCCCAGAUUGAAGAUUGGAUCACCGAGCUCAGCAACCCGUUGCAGAACGAACGCACCGGACGGACGAUCUCGUUUAACGCCAUGGUCCUACGCCGACAGUAUCGCCAGUUGCGCGAGGAGUUGGCCAAGCUCUCACCUCCCGAAGGGCUCGAGGAGGCUGAUUAUCCCUUUAGUGCAGGUAAAACGAGCACUACGAUUGCGCCACCGCUUCCGCCUCCGCCGCCACCACCAACCACACCAGCAACAGGCAAUGUUACAGCUCCCGAGACCACAGCCACAUCGUGCAGUGCCACUUCUGCUUCAUCCUCUUCUGGUGCGUCGUCGUCAUCAUCCUCGACAUCAACGUCGGCGUCAUCUUCUUCCUCGUCGACUUCCUCUUCGUCAUCGACCUCAUCUUCGUCUUCCUCUUCUUCGUCGUCCUCCUCAUCGUCCACAUCGUCGUCGGUGGCUUCGUCCGGCACGCACACAGCAUCAGGAGGCGGCACCGCUGCUGUACACACCAAGCCACCUGGUGAUGGUAGCAGCGAAAGUGGUACCGUCAUUGAACUUGCCUCUAGCAAUUCCAAAAACAAAAGUAUUGUUGACGUCGAAGAAGGAGGAGCAGGAGGACGGCAUGCUUUUGCGACUCAUCACGUGGUGCGGUGUGUUGAGGUCAAUUUUACUCCCGGUCUGCUGCCUGACGAUCCGAUCGCGACCGGCAUUACGGUCAACUUUGGCGACGAGCAUUCCAAAGACGACGCUGCGAUGGCUGCGGCGACGGUAACGGUAACGAACGCCACCCUUUCUGGCGAUUGUAGCGAGUCAUCGAGCGGUAGCAGUAGCGUAACGGGGGUUUCCGGAUCGGGUGAUAGCAGCGAAUCGACAGCAGUUACCGGUGGCCUUUCGGAGGAGACGGAGGUCGGUUCGAAUGCAUUGAUGACCGGAGGUGCCACAGUAGAUGAUAUAAGCAGUAUCAUCGACAGUGGUAGCACGCCAAUGCCAACUAGUGCCAGUGCUGGCAGCGUACACGAGUUCCUGGAAAAUGAUGCCGAUCUGUCAAGCGAUGAGAUCGACUCAAUUCUAUUGUGAUAGAGAGAACGCGAGAUGAGGCAAACGAGCACCUGUUGAUAGGUCGAUAUCUGCACCGUGUUUCGAUCCAUAAGUAAGGAGGAUGCAACAUGUAAGAAGAGUACUAGCGGCGACUGACGACCCGUUCUGUGCAACGACAACACUGAUGUUGAUGACGACCGACGAUCCUAUGUGAUCAAGAUGCAUAGUGUGUGUCCUGCUCGAAGAACGUGGGAGAGGCAAUCGCGCGCCAGUGUGUCACGAUGUGAUAUAAUGAUUAGUUUGCUGUUCUGUUUGUGGUGCCACCGUGCUGUGUCCGGUAUUGGCCAGUAGAUGAACGUAAGUGAGCGUCCGGUGGAAAAAACUACGAAUGCCGAAUGUUAUCGGCAACCAGAGGGCUAGAUGCAGUUAGCAGAACACCUCACAAGGAGUAGCUGCGGUAAGGGAAGCCAUAAACAAAGAGCGUGAAAUACACACAAUCUGCAGCAGUGCCAGUCAAGCCGCAAAUGCCUAUUCGAUGAUUAAAUGUGUCGCGUUUCAUGCAGAUGCCUGUUGCAGCUGAUAAUUCCAUUGAUCUUUUAUGUUAAGAGAGAAGGUUGGCUCUUCUGAACCCCUUAAACAUUUACUUUAGUUUGUAUUUUUGCCGAAUUCAUCGUUUAAACACCCGAUAUUAAGGUUUACCUAGAGAGGUCUAUUGAAGUACAAGAGCUAAUGCUAAGAAAAGCUGAAAAGUGUGCUCAUGACUCGCGAUUUCUAUUAUUUCGUUCUUUAUUACUCCACUAAUUUUUUUAAAAGCAUACAACGGCUGUAAUGUUGCGCAUAGUUUUAAUCAGCCAGGGAAAAGCGCCCGCGUCAAAAAGAGCAAUGUCGUGGCACACGUUUCCGGCGUUCACUGUGCGAGUUCGCUUAUUCCGUACACCUUAUACCCGCGUUCCUUUAGGUUGAAGUAUUUAAUGAAUUAAAUGUUUUACAUAUUAGCUGUCAUCACAUCUUUGAUUGUUUUUGUUUGAUAACGAGUAGCUGCUGCUGCUCUGGCUGAAUUCUGAGCGAUGACUUUCGAACGCGGGAUCGUAGCAUGUAGGGAUGAUGUAGUGUAGCAGCGACGAUUAUCAGGGAAUUAAGAGCACAGGAAGCAGGAAACGAGAGAUGGAAUGUUGUACCGAAUGAAUUAAUAAUCAACCAAUCCUACCCUCUAUGUCCUCUAAGGUCGCGUGCCGCGUGACCGCACAUGAAACAUAAGACUUAGGACACGAGCUAAUAAAUGUAAUAAACACACACACAUACGACACACACCAGCAACAAAUAAGCUAUCUGCGUUAAGCAAUAUUUAUCGAAUCCGAACGUACCUAUCUUUUCUUCUUGGGCUAAGAGCGAAUGUUUGUUUCUGUGGUCACGGUGGUUUUCGUAGCGCGUUUAGAGAGCAGUGCUUUCGUUCGCCAAGUUUCCUAUCCAAUU